AUGCGACCUCGCAAGUAUCACAAUAACUCCCCAUACGACGAGACGCACCCGGCCACGUAUGGGGUCUGUCAACACGCCAGCUACUCCUACGACAAGUGCGACCUCAACUUUGGGCCUGGCUACAUUCUCACCAGCCCGCACACAAUCAUAUCUCCCCUCAUAUGUCGGGACGCACCCGACCACGUAUGGGGUCUGUCAACACGACGGCUACUUCUACGACACGUGCGACCUCAACACAAUCUCCCCUCAUACGACGGGACGCACCCGGCCUCGUAUAGGGUCUGUCAACACGCCGGCUACUCCUACGACAUGUGCGACCUCAACCUUGGGCCUGGCUACAUUCUCACCAGCCCGUACACAAUCAUAUCUCCCCUCAUACGACGGGAUGCACCCGGCCUUGUAUGGGGUCUGUCAACACGCCGGCUACUCCUACGACACAUGCGACCUCAACCUUGGGCCUGGCUACAUUCUCACCAGCCCGUACACAAUCAUAUAUCCCCUCAUACGACGGGAUGCACCUGGCCUUGUAUGGGGUCUGUCAACACGCCGGCUACUCCUACGACACGUGCGACCUCAACCUUGGGCCUGGCUACAUUCUCACCAGCCCGUACACAAUCAUAUCUCCCCUCAUAUGACGGGAUGCACCCGGCCUUGUAUGGGGUCUGUCAACACGCCGGCUACUCCUACGACACGUGCGACCUCAACACAAUCACAUAUAACUACCCAUACGACGGGAUGCACCCGGCCUUGUAUGGGGUCUGUCAACACGCCGGCUACUCCUACGACACGUGCGACCUCAACACAAUCACAUAUAACUACCCAUACGACGGAACGCACCCGGCCUCGUAUGGGGUUGUCAACACGCGGGAAGGUACAUAG